CAUUUGAAUUUAAAGAUAGCUUGGUAGAUUCGCAUAUAAAAUUCACAUUAUCAUCCAGGGUGUCAAAAUCACAACUUGUAACUGUGGAUUACAAAGAUUUAAGAAGGGGAAUUCAGCUUCUUAUGUUCAACAAGGGUUUCCGUAUAGCAGAAUCAAUUAAAACCACGGAUAUAUUACAGACGGUGACAGAUUAUUUAUUGAAUCUGUAUUUGGGAAAGUUUAGCAGGAAUAAUAACUCCUAUUGUUGCAAGGGUGGACACCAUUACCAAAAGAUCAAUUGGUUUGAUCUUAAUCGUAGGCAAACUCGAAUUAUUAAAUCAAUCGCAGCAAGUGAAGUUUAUGAAGCUGCUUUUUCUGCUGUAGCUAAACGCAUCAGUAACAGUAUACAAAGCAUUUCAUCACAUGAUUUCACAAAAAUAAGAUCCCUUAUUAUAUUGAGGGAGUCUAUAUACGAAAAACGAACCGCACUUCCUUACUUGUUCAACUGGUUAAUUCAUGUUUUAGACGAAGUUGGACAGCAGUUAGACUUCGAUAUUUUGACUUCUCAAGAUAACCAUCGAUCAUUUAUUAAACUAAGCUCGGGGAAUGUGAGUGAAGGCGCUGGGCGUAAAAUACUAGAGAAAAUUAAAAUAGCCGAUAUUAUGAUGGCACCCAAAUUGAUUCAUAGAACUGCCUCAAAUGAAGAAGACUCUUCCUCGACUAUUUUUUCUGACAUAAACCCAAAUAUUAUUGUGUCAAUCGAUAUUUCUUUUAAAAAUGUAUUAUAUUCAUGUAUUCAAGUGGAUGCUGACGGUGUUAAAGAAGUUGUUAGUAAUAGCUAUACAUUGAGGUAUGUCAGAGAAAAUAGUAAUUAUAAAAAUAGGCACAAUUAUUUAUAAUUUUAAAAAGCUUGCAGCCACUCGAAAUUUUCUUUAGCAGGCUAAGACCAUUAACUUUGAAAGUAGGAGAAAAGUAAGCACCACAAAUUAAGGUGACAUA